ACCUUGGGGCGGUCCAGUGAUAGUCACACUGGGCUAUUUAGUGGCAAAGUGACAAACAGACGAGCUUACUGGUCCGGCCCCGCCCAAACGGUGUCACUCAACAAGGGCGCCUUUUACGAGUUCAAAGCCUACGUCAAGUUAUUGAACAAUGAGGCGGGGGUUCUCCACACCAGAUUGGAGGCGAUAAGACACACUGUCUUCACCGAUGGUAAAGAUCAAUAUGCUUUGAUUGGCAUCAGUCCCUACAUGAGAACAGCAGAUUCUUGGAGAGAAGUUGGUGGAUCAUUCAGGGUUCCUGGUAAUAAAGACAUCAGAAGUAACCAGAUUUACCUGCAGGGCUCCGAUCCAUCGGUGUCUUUUCUCGUCGACAGCGCGUCUUUGAAACUGAUUCCAGAACUUGGCAGAAAUUGGAAAGCCGAUGCUCUUCAAAGAAUUGAACAAAUCAGAAAGGCAGAUAUUGCCAUUAAUUUGUCAGUUGGUGCUGAAUACAAUUUAAAAGACGUAGAAGUUCAGGUAAAACAAACCAAGAGUCAGUUUGGAUUUGGCGGCACGGUGAAAGCUAGCAAAUACGUAGAAGAUAAUGCAUCAAAAUACAGAAAAUUUGUCGGGGAUACGUUUGAGUGGGCUACCUUGGAAAAUGCCUUAAAAUGGAGGAUGAUGCAGUGGAAUAAGGGAACCAUUAACUAUGAGAGACCCCGAAAAGCAAUAGCCAAGUUGUUGUCGCAGGGUUUGAAGAUCAGAGGCCACAAUGUCGUAUGGGGCGUAGAGGAAUUUGUUCCGAGCUGGCUUAAGACAAUGAAUGCGGAUCAAAUAAAGUCAGAAAUUAACACUAGAAUUAACGACGUGGUUAGCCGUUUUAAAGGAGACUUACAACAUUGGGACGUGAACAACGAGAUCAUCGCUGGAAAGGGCGACUGGUUUGAGAGACACACGGGAGAUCGAUCCAUCACAGAGAAGAUGUUUCAAAUGACCCACGCCAUAGACCCAACAGUCAAACUGUUCCAUAACGAAUACAAUGUUAUCAGCUCCGGAAUCAUCACUGAUGCAUACGUUCAGAUGGUCCAAGAUUAUUUGGCCAAAGGUCUGCCGCUGUCAGGUAUUGGAGUCCAGGGGCACUUUCCAGCUGGACCUCCAGAUAUUCUCAAAAUCCAGCAAAACUUGGACAAACUUGCGCUCACCGGGAUCCCAAUAUGGGUAACCGAACUGGAUAUAGAGGGGAAAGACGUAAACAAGAGGGCAGAUUACUAUGAGGAUGUAAUGACGUGUUUGUUCAGUCACCCAGGGGUCGAGGGGAUAGUGCUCUGGACAUGGUAUGAUGAUGGAAACGCAUGGAGAGCCAAUGUGAAUAUUGCACAGGGAGUAGGGGAUGAUUUUAAGCUCAAUGCAGCGGGACAGAGAGUUCAGCAACUGAUGACUAAAACUUGGAAAACCAACCGCGUUCUCAAGCCGUCUUCGAGAACGAGCACCUUGAGACUGAGAGUAUUCAAGGGCGACUACACCAUAACUUUGAAAUACAACGGAUCGCCCAUAAAUGAGAAGAAAAUAACCGUUGGAGACACCAUGCAAAUUGACAUGCACACUGGUUCAGCCCCUCCUACAAGUGCAUCUGUGACAACGACCAAACCGGUGCCACUAUCGUCAGGACUGACCUGUGUUAAUAGGUGGUCAGGACAUUCGGACAUCGGUGAUGACAAACCUACCGACGUAUCGUGCAAUGCGGAUGAAAUCAUGACUGGGUGUUCUUCCAGGGCAACCGAUAAUUCAGCACUUAGAGACGGCGAAGUGUACGCCUGGAAUGCCGCCACGGGAAGACGGGUUUGCAGGGCACACAAUGGGUACGGCUCCAGGGCCGCUGUUCAGGCCAUCGCCCGGUGCUGCAAGACGAGCUCACAGCUUCAGUGUUCCUAUCACAGUUCACAAGCGUCAGAGAAAGGAGACGGGAAGCAAGCCUCAGUGACCUGCCCCAGUGGCAAACUACCGACAGGUUGUACCACACACACCUACCACAGGGACUUUGACGGGUCUAACCCCAAAAUGGACACGAGCUCCUGUGUAGCGCAAAAUGGCGGUCCACACGGAGGUGUGUAUGCCCACGCUGCCUGCUGUGAGGCAAGCGGUCUGUCGUGUGUCACCAAAUAUUCCAGUCGUAGUGGAAACUUUGCCGGCAAUGUGACCUACGUGGCCUGUGAUACUGGAUACACCAUCACUGGGUGUAACGUCUUUAAUGAGUUUGGGGGAACUGCGGGAGCCUUUGCAGAUACCUGGGGAGGCAAUUCCUACUGCCUUGCUAUAAAUGGCAAGAAGCGCGACCUCCCAAACCAAGGAGUGAAGGCCGUGGCGACCUGCUGCAAACUGUGAGAAACAAACGACAAGAAAUCAAAUGCCCAUUGGAGGAUUCAUUGAAUUUAUGAAUAAAUUGAAUUCUGAUCACAAAUAGCGAUAAUAAAUAAAUAAAUGACAAUAAUAAUAAAUAAUUAUAAACUGAAAAAAUCCACAUGGAAUUGAUUGGCAUCAUGUUUAUAUAGUCAGCAAAUUUUCUUCAUCACAAUGGACAAGGUGAGCAUCAAACAGUUCAAAAUAUGCCCAACUGUUACAUCUUAUAGGAUUCAAAUUUGACUUUAAAAACUUGCCACAAUUGAACUCCUUUCAGCAUUUAGGCAUUUGAGGUGCCUUAAAAGCAUUCUUCUUUGGCAUUUUAAAGGCAAUUAACUUACCAAUACAGUAAAUGGCAGAGAUUAAAAUUUUAGUGGAUAUGUCUUUUAAACUUUUGAAUAUUAAGUUCAACGUAAAGUUUUCGUUUUCCAUGUAUGUCUGUUAUGUUUAUGAUCAGAAUAACAUUUAGAUUUACUGAAUUACAGAACAAAGCAAAUACUUGUCACAUGCAAGUACAUCCCAUUCAUAACCAAUAAAAAAACUUCUCAGUGGCAAAUGCAAUCACAGAUGUCUUCUCUAUCGCAUUCAGUCACCUCACUUGAACAUCUUUAUUUUGCUUUUCAUUUUGACAGAAAGUUCAACAUUUGCCCAACAACUCAGUACUGAUAAAGUACGGGUAACUACAAUAUAUAAUCCAAAUAAUAAAAAAAUUUAAAUAAUGUGUAAAAUAUCAUUUCCAAAUUCAAUAAUCAGGCUGAAUAAAAAUA